AUGGAACAUAAUUAUUUUUUAGUAAUUGCUUUGCUGAUUAAAGUACUGCAGUAUUAAAAGUGAAUGAUCAUGUUAAAUAUUAAUUUCUGUUAAAAUCAUUCACUCAUUAAGUUCGAGUAAAUGUGAAGAUUUAAUACGAUAACGUUAAAGCAUUAUUCUAGAUUUAUAAUAUGUUACUUGCAUUGAAAUGUAUAUACAUAAAGAUUACAUGACUACUGGAUAUCAGGAAAUAUAAGAACGCGGAAAUUUGUGGUUUAUAGACGUUAUCAAUACUCGUCAAUCAACAAAUACGUAUCUAGGUGAAGUUUACAUUAACGUUUCUAUUUGGUUUACAUAUAAUUUAUAAAAUCUUUGUAAUGAAACUGGUACUUAAAAUAAAUAAUUAGAAUAUUUUAUUUUGUUGCAAUUUUAUUAUUGAAAAGCACAAGAGGUAUGUUUCAUUUUUAUUUUACCGUAAUCUGGUGUCUAUUAGCGUUACAUUCUUUAGUUUCCUUUUUAUCGUAUUUGCACUUAUUUUGAUCUGUACAAAUAGUUUGAAUGCAUCAUCAAGAACAGUUCUCGAUUGGAGCAAGUUUCAAAAAUAACCGUACCCUUUUAUACACUCCACGAACUAUUUCUUCUAAUAAUUUACCACGGUUGUUUGCAUUGUCUUUUUGUGAAUACAAGAAUAUCUCUUCUAAUUCCUAUCUUAGUUUCGUAUGCACCAGUUCAUCUCGCUUUAUUUCAAUAACAAGAAUAGAUAUCUUGCUAAGGGUGUGUUUAAAUUAAGUGAGCGAAUACGCAUUCUUCCACCACUUCCGUUCAACGCUUGUUCGUCAGAAUAUUUCCAAACGCGAACGAAUGCUCUAACAAUAAGAAUGCUCGUUCGCCGAAUCAGUUCAGUGUAAUUCAAUUUGAUAUAAUUUAAUCCGACGUGAUUAUAUUAAUCUCAAUUUAAUUUAUCGUACUGAGAUAUCGGUUUGAUGUGACCGAACAGGUUAUCAGAUCAUUAUUCAGCCAAAACGAACAUGAACGAAUGCUCUUGCACCUUCUGCAUAUAUGUUCUUGUACAUUUAGUGCAAAUGCCCCCUAAGUAUCCGCCAUGAAUCGUAGCACCACAUUUGCCAUGAACACGCAUGCGCAGUAUGGCAGUGCACGUUGGUGCAUAUCGGUGUGCACAGUGGUGUGUAAGGCGGUAUUUUGUUAGAAAAAAAAAAUUGGCGGUCUCAUUGGGUUAAAAAUUGUGCAAAUGUUAUAAACAAGUAAUUAAUAGUGCGUCCAAAUGAAUGGACCAUCUGUUCGGGACCACAACGAGUAAUAUGAGUGAGUGAAUACAAUAUUAGUUAAAAUUUUCAGUAACGUUUCCCUCGCGAAACAAAGUAAAAACCAUCGCUCUUAUAUCGAUAUAAUAUAACAUCGAUGCAUCGAAGUCAAAUGACACUGUACAAUGAACAUUCAACACGAAUCACUUAAAACAUAUUUGAAUAAAUGCCUCGAGACAGGUGUGUCGAUGCCUUCUGUAUAUCGAUAUAUUGUUUGCAUACUGCUUGCAUGGCAAGAAGCUGUGUGUCUUGGAUGUAUGCAGUGGAGUACAGCCCCUCCAACUCGAGUUCUUGUUGCAACGUUCUCCGGUUUCCUCAUUCACGUUUUUUUCUCGCGUGCUGAAUAAUACAUUUAGAUUAAAAUCAUUUUAAAGAAUGUUAACUUUAUUUCAUGACGAUUUACGAUAAGAAUGAGUGAGUAUUCCAGUGGGUGACGUGAACGUCCAAAUGACUUCGUCAAUUCUACCGUUCUUAUCUUGUAACUUAAGCCGAAGCAUAAAUGAGACUUGUAUUUCUGAUAAAACGUGUACACUUUGAUGCUCUACCUGUACGAAAUGCAUGCGUGUAGCGUGUGUCCAAUACUAAUAAAAUUUGUUACCUACACGUGUGUUCCACCAGUGUGUUAGAAAUAAUUCACGUAAAACGGGCUUUGUAUCGUGUUGCCUCUAAUGCACUAAAAUGCUUUUUUUUUUGACAUAAGAAUUUAAAGAAUGGUGUGGAAAAGUUGAUUUCAUUAAUAUUUUCGAUACUGCCCUAGAUCUAAGGCACAGUAUCCUAUACGUGGCAAAUUAAUCAUGUAAACAAUAUUUGAUUGUUAUGAAAUGGAAGAAAGUUUUCUUACAAAUAGUGAAUGUAAGACCACUGCAAAGCCAUGAAGAUGAGCUUUUCUUUAUCUUCGCUUCAACCGCUCAGCCAUAGCUUGGAAAAGCAUGGCAGUGCGGGUACAGCGAUAGAAAGACCAUACAACAGUCUCACAAAGAAACGGAAAGAUCCAAAGCAACUUUACUCUCAACGUUUAUGGGCAAAUCGUGAAGAUUGUAAAGAUGAUUUCUGGGCAGCAAUACGGUCUAAUUAUGAUUAUAUUAUGGAUACUAACUUAAUAGAUAGUUGUAAGGAAGCUAAUGGUGAAUUAACUUGGGAUGAGACUGAUGUAUCCACACAAUCUUGGAGUCUUAAAGAAAUAAGUAGUCAAUUCUCAGAAUUAUAUUCAUGGUUAAGAGUUCUUCAAGAACUAAUCUACUGUAAAGAAGAAAAUUUGCUAGAUAAAAGUCUGCGUGCGGCUCACAUGGAGGAGCUGCGACGUAGGGCAUAUAGAAGAAAGUUAUUCAAUGAACAAGCUGGAAAAUUAGUGUCACGUGCCCCUGCUUUGAAAGAUGAAGUGGCGUGGCGUGUUGACCAUUUAAAUGCAAAAUGGGAAUUAGUUGAGCAAAUUAUGGCACCUGUUGAGAGGCCAAUAUCUAAUCAACAAGAUAUGUCAGCAGAUUUUGAACAUGAAGUAAAGUGUUUGAGAAAAUGGCUGCGUGAAAUGGAGUCACGUCUUCAGCCUUUGAGUUUUCAUGUAGAUUGGACAUUAGCAGAAUUAGAGGAGAAAGCAGUGGAACAUAUGGUACUCCAACGCGACAUAGAGGCACACGGUCGUAUCGUCAGCUCCGUUGUAAAAUUGGGCGACAAGGUUUAUACACAACAGUUAGAGCAACAGAAAAAGCAAGAACAAGAGGAACAAGAUAAAGAAGAGAAAAAGGAACAACAGGAACAACGAGAACCGCCACAAGCUUUACGAAUCGCAAGAUCACUGGAACGCCGCUGGCAUUUAUUAUUUCUACGUGCCUUGGAAUGGCAAUGUCACAUUGAAACGCUCGUAUCUCGCAUAAGCAGCAAGAACGUGGUGCCAUACCGUUGCAGUAGCGACAGCGACGAGGAGCCAGUCACGAAGCAGCCUCGACUCAGCCGUAGACAUUCGCGAGGUUCUGGAAGGGAAUCCCCGGGUCAGUCGGCUCGUUCAACGCGCUCGGACCGCUCGAAACGCCACAAAGCCACGAGAUCGCGAUACUACGAGGAUUCAGCCGCGAGCAAAGCGGAAUUCUCCGACACCGACGCGUCUUCUGAGAAUCGAUCGAUCGGCGAUGGAUCCUACUUCGAGGAUGAAUUAUGUCAGUUGUGUGUGAUGGAAGCAAAGUCCGAGGGAGCGGAAAAUCCCCGAGAAAGAAUAAAUCGAAUCGCGUCCAGUUUGGGCGAUCAAGGUGAAGAGGGUGACAUCGAGGAGGACGCCGUCAGCGAAGAGGACGAAGAAGACGAAAUGCCACCGACACCCGACACCGUACCGAUGACAAAUUCGACGGCCAUCGAGGAAAACUGCGAUCAAAUCGACGGUCAACCCGCAGGAAACGUUGAACAAUCGAACAGCAAUAAUCUGAUCGCUAACGAACCUGUGAAACGUCGCAGAGCGACUGAGGAGGUCGCCUCUUUUAACACAUCCGACAGGAAAUCGAAGAACUGCGCGACCUUCUACUUCAAACACCUGGACACCGACUCGGAGCAGAACGAGGAGGCGGCAAUCGUGGCCGAAGAGUCGUCCGAAGAGGAGUGGACGUACACGUCGUCGCGGGCGAACAACGUUUCGGAGCAACGUGAAAGGAACGUGGUGGUACGUUUAGAUUUCGGCGAAUCGCAGUGCAACAACGACCCGGAGACCACGAAGACACUGGUCGAGAAACCCGUGGAAGAAUCGGUGGUCGGUAUGGGGAACGUCGAGGAGACAUCGAACGAAAUCGACGCGUCCUCUCAACACGAGAAGGACAGUGACGACGAAACGAAAAACGACAAGACGAGCAUACAGAGGCUCAUCAAGGAGGUAGAGAAAUUGGUCGGCGAGGAAAGACGCACAGGGGCGGCCAAGACGUUUCCACCACUCAUACUCGACGAUAAGAAGGGUAUAUCGAGUAAUCAUCGUGCCAAGCACGCGCGAAUAAAGGAGUGGUUGAAAUUGAACUCUGCUCGUGGACACGAUGGACGAUCUACGUCACAGCCGUUGGAUAGUUGCGAUGCGAGCGGCGAGUACACGACCGAAGAAUCCGACGGGGAGAGGCAGUCCGUUUCGUCGGAGGAUCUGCAGAGCAGUGUAGCAACGUAUCGGCGAUUCGAAGGUGCACUCGGUUGCACGUCUCAGUCAGUGUCGCAAGAGAUAUUCGACGACGCCGAUAAGACGCCGAUGAACGAGACCCAUCCGAUGCUGGACUCCAGCACGCCGAAAGUCGUGAUGCGAUCCAAACAGAAAUCGAACGGUCCCAGGCCAUGGAGUGUCUCGUGCAUCUCGCAGAUCGGCAACAACGCUAAUCUGAAUCAAACCAACGACCCGAUUUCGCAAUUCUCCAUCUCCGAGACGGCGCUUCAUCAAUUGAUUGCUACUCCUCCGACCAAAUCCGUGUCCUUAGAUGCAACAGGAUCACGGAAGUCCUUCAACAAUUCAACGUCCACAUUGCUGGAGGAGUCGAUCAUAUGUCACGAUGGCCGUGUGGUUCGAAACAGCUCGUUGCGCAGAAAAAAGAGCAGAUUACGCAAGAAGAAUCUGGGCCGCAAGAGCGAUUCCAGCUCGGAGGGUGUGAACGCGAAUCAUUCCGCCGGAAGUGACGGUAGUUCGUCGAAUCAGCAACGUUCGCCCCGCAAGAUAAGCGGAAGUCGUGGUAUACGUACGAUCUCGAGAGAUUGCCACGGUCGUUUGACCACCCUGGUGAAAUCCGGCUCGUUCUCGGGGUGCACCUCACAUCAGCAGCUUUCUGCGGAGAGGACGAUCGUCAGCGACCCGACUCCGCCGUUCAGGUUACCUUGCUGUACUUCGGUGGCUUCCACGUCCGAGACAGAACCCGAAGAGCAACGUAAUUGCACACGAGGCUGCUUCACGUACGACGACAAUCUGCUGGAUACCGUUCUAAGCAACAAGGAGCUAUGCAACCAGCAACUGAACGUCGACAGCGACGUGGAGAUGAACAGCCUCGGCAACAACUCGUUCUCCGAGCAGGCUUGGGAUAAUUAUCAGGAAAAAUAUAUGAGCGAGCCAUACAGCGAAGCACCUGACGUGGAAACGGCCCGAAGAUUAUUGGAGUUUGGAGAUGAUUACCGAAACUUCCUCGACAGUCAGUCGGAUUGUGCUUCCAGCAUGAGUGCAGUUCCAACUAGUUCGCCACUGCCUAGAAGUCGUAUGCAUCAUGAAAUGAUUGAUACCACAGAGGACAGCGACAGUGACGUAGAGGAUAUCCGGAACGUGGUGGAAAAAUCGCAAUCUCAGUUAGCCCUCGCUGAAAAUCUAUUCGCGAGGUCUAAUAACGGAACGAUGCCAGAUGAUUGCACGGAAGUCGAGUGCGCGUGUAGAGAAAAUUUACGAUGCCUUCACGCGUUAUUGGAGUCGGUCAGCAAUUCGUUCAGAAGCGAAAAGUACAUGAAACAAGUUCGUGGUAUGAUAGAGAAAUGGGAGUCCCUGGCGACUAAAGUCGAGGAAACACAAAUGGCAAGUGCGCUUCAUCGCGAAUUGACAGCUUUACGAACGGAAUUUAAAGCGGCACACGACAGAAUCUUCUCUUAUGAAAUCACGUUGGAACAGCCACACAUAUUGGACGAACGGAUUAAUCGAAUCACGGCCGAACUGGCUGCGUUGAGGGAUCGCAAGGCGGCGAUGCUGGCUCUGAACGUUUCUACGCACAGACUGAUCACCGAUCUUGGUAAUUCGGCGUCGUUGAUCUUCACCACUCUUAAAGACGGCGUGGCGGAUCUCUAUCGGGUCUGGGACGAGAGCUUUCAAAAAGGCAAUCAACAAUUGUGCACCCUGCAAGCAGUCCAGCAGUUUAGUAUACGUUUGGCAGAGCUUCAGUGUGCAUUGCGAAGGGAUAAAGACACCCUCGCUGUUUUGGACGUUGCUUUACAAGCUGGGGCUACGUCUGAAGUUGCUUCGUCUGUGCGUCACGUUGCUAGAUUGCUGUCCGAGAAACAAGACAUGAAUUGUCAGAACGGGACUGUGUUGAAAGACUCGACCACGGAGGAGGUGAGCAGCGGGGUGUCAACGAAAUUCGGCGACUCGUCGCCGAUCAGUCUCACCCAGGAAGGUGGUUCGUUGUCCGACAGUGGCAUCUCCGACAGCGGAAGCGAACAAGAGCUGAGCGAACGCGAACGCAGGCUGGCUGCUCUUCGUCGAUUAACGCGCAGUUUAGAGAAUCAACUCGCACCGGGUAGCGAGGCGUUGAACCAGCUUUGGAAGAGGGUCGAAGACACGGAAACGGAACUUCGGGAUCUCCAGAAACAGUGCCGCGAGCUGAUUGUACGCACCGCAGCCAGUGUCGAAGCGCGAGCUUCCAAGCGAACCAGCAACACUCAGGUUCAUCAUUUUUCUGACAAACGCAAAAAGACGAGCCCCACGGAGAUGGCCAGAGGAGGUUCGGAGCGGAUUACGAUGAUCGCGACGAAGAGUGGCGCAACGGAUGCCGGUGAUCCCGACAACGAGCCAGGACUACCUCAAAGUUGGGUCUGGCGUAUCCUGAGGGCGGCAUUACCCUUUCAGCUUGCUCUGGUGGCUCUAUUCUGUGCCGCUUGUCUGCUGGAACCUCAUUGUUGCGAGGCUGCCAACACUCUAAAUUUGUCUCUCACCCCUCAGCUACGCUACGUUAGGGGACCACCACCGGUCUGAGCUAUUUAACGGCUCGACCAUUGGGUGAACCUUCAAGUGGAGCUGAAGCUCCGAUAAAGAACGUUCGGAUCGACUAAUUUCUCCUCAGUCACCCGAGUUUCUAGCUUCGCACGAAGAGAGAUAAAUUUGUUGAUCGUGAUCGCGAACGUGGAAGUCUGCGAGGAUUGAUCGUCCUUCGAUACGAGGAGCGCACGAUUUUCCAGAAAAUCGAGUCAGAUACACUGCCAACGUUGACAGGCAAUUAUCGCGUAUUUUGGUUGGAUUUACGGAGGAAUAGUUUGUAUGGUUUUGAGGGAAAGGACGUGGAACGGAUUUGAGAUGAGAAGAUAAGGGCAACUUAACGGGGGUUGCUGUUUGUAAAUAGUGUUGCUUGAUUGUGGUAGAGUGUGAAAUCUUUGCUUUUGAAACUAGUCGAAUAUUAAGGGUUGUGUUGGUGACCGACAUGGUGGUUCAGUAUUUAGUACGACAUACUGCAAUAUAGAUUAUAGUACUUUAACUUUUUAUUUACACGUAAACAUUAAUUGCUAUUCAAAAAUUUGCGGAGUAUCAAACUUAAAAUUACAAAAAUUUUACUCUGCGAUUGUAAAGUGCUAAGUGUUAAAACUUGUGUUUAGUGCAAUGCAUUGAUUUGAUCAAAAUUUAGCACAACUAUAAGGUGGUCCAAAAAUAAUAAUUUUACAAAAUGAUUUCGAUUGUGAAGAAAGAGGUGUUUGCGUUGAAUUUCUUUCUAACAUUUGAUUAUCAACUUGAAUAAAAAUUUAAAGAUUCGCAAAUUUGAUCAUUUAAACAUUGGACAACCUAAAAUUUUUAACUGUGAAAAAUUGAAUUAUACAUAUUAAAAGUUGUAGAAUUUGAACAUUUUAUGAAAUGACUAGGAUUUAUGCUAAAUUUGAACUAAAUCAUUGUUCCAAAGACCCUGUUCUUACGUGUUAUUCUACCAUCUUAUUUCUUAACUUGAUCAGAUUAAAUUCGUAGUGUCGGUCAUAAACGAACGGUAGAAAAUUCUACCGUAAUUUUGCCCGGUAUCUUUCUUUCGUAUCUCAAAUCGCUUUGGCGAUAUAGUUCCUGCGAGUUCCACGAAGUACCACUUAAAAUUUCUGAAAACAAAAAUUUUAUACACUCGAAAUUCACCUUAAACUGCACAAACAGUCCUUUUACACCGACUUCUACAAACAUUUUAGUGCAAAAAUUAAGAUUAUCUUUGCCAUGUCGAUUUCGAAGCACGUUGGCACAAUCUCGUCGCAUCGUUUCAAAAUUAGACCACUGCCAUUAAAGGAACGUUGCUGUCAAUUAGCAAGCUCAAAGAUGCAACGAGACAAUGAGUUCCUGUCCAGGAAAUCAUUGAGCUUCGUUCCUUUACUCUUCACGGACUGAAUGAGCUGUGCGCUCCGCGAGAAAAAUGUGCGCUCACUUGAGAUUGUGAUAUAAAAGAAAAAAAGAAUAGAAAAAAAGCAGAUAUUAUACGUAGAAGUGACUGAGGCGUAGAUAGGUGACAAUGAGCACUAGGUCAAAAAAAUGAUGAGAGGAGAUGAUCAGUGAGGAUACUUUUUUAUACGUUUUUACGAUAUUUAUCUUUUAUGCGUGAGAAAACGAUGGGUAAGUACGAUCUACUGUACCCAAAAGCAGGAUCAAAUUCAGUGAAAAUUUGAACCAUGAAAUCGAAACCUCUUCGAGAACGAGAGAUAAGGUUGAGAAGUAUUUAUAAAGAGAAAACUUUAUCUUCUUUACGCAGAGGACACUUCGAAGCGAAGAAAUCGAUCGAUUUCUUUAUUUGCAUAAUCAACGAGGUUUCGAGAACUGCGUCACUGUAUGAGACGGUGACGCCUUUUGUUAUAUAGUAUAAAUAUUUAUUUAUAUAUAUAUGUUGCAAAUUAUAUAUAUAUAUACAUGUAUUAUUAUUGUUCAUAAUUUAACGUCAAUCAGGAGGUGACAUGAUGUUUUACGGAUGUGUCCAUGGAGAAACAGAUAUGCCGGAAAUGUGCUUAAUUGUAUGUUUCCGAUGGGUGAAUUUCAUUUGCAUGCUGAUGUUGAAUGACAGUAAUUUUGUUGUUUUCAGUCAUUUGUUUCUUUUGUUUUUUACGAUGGCUGCUUGCAGCUUAUGACGGCUUCUUGAAUGCUGUCGUGGAGGUUGUGAUUGUACUUCAUUUAAUACAGUUUUGUCGAGUAUUUUAUUAUUUUAUUGAUAUUUAUUAUUGAUAUUGAUAUUUAGGUCCAUUUGAUAGUUGAUGUGUUAAUACGUUUGUGAAUAUUUUGUUGACAAAUCAAAUUAUUAUAACUUUGAAAAAUAGAAAUGAAGUUUCGUUCCAAUUAUUUCUUUCUUAUUUUGAUGAACAGCGAUGGCAAUAAAAGGCAAAUGAAAUGGAUUAAGAUGAUAAUAAUAUUGUAAUAUUGAAAGAUAUAAAUGAAGUUUCAUCCCAUUGAUUUCUUUCUUAAUUCAAUGAUCAGAUGGCAGUAAAUAAGUGUUCUAUUAAUUAAUAUAGUAAUGCAUAAUAUUAAUGACUAUUUGGUUGCAUUUGUAAAUGAGAAAAUUUGGUAAUUUUAUAAUUUGAUACUUUCUAAAUUUGUACAUUGGUAGUAUGAUAAUUUGACAGUGUAGGAAUUCUUAAAUUUGGAAAUUUGGAAAUACAUGAAUAUUGCAUU